AUGAAAAGAAAAAGGCAGGAGGGGAGAGCGUCCCCACCGGAGAAAAAACAGAAAAUUUUGAAGGAACCAAUUCACGGUCCUCGGCCUAUCGUUAAUCAGUUCCUUUGUUUUGCAAAAAAAUGUUUACCUUGUAAGGUGUUGUUGGAUACUGGUGCAACUGGUCCUGUUUUGUCUUCUGUUCUUGUUGAUAGUUUUGAGGUCCCGAAGGUGAAACGGGACGUCCCGGCCCGGGUAUUUGGAUUUACUGGAGAGAUUUUGAAGGGCACGGGACACGCCUUUACACAACCAUUAAUUAUAAUGUCAAGGGGGCAUCAAACACAGUUAUCAUUCGAGAUCGCCCCUCUCCCACUUGGCAUCGAUGCAAUACUACCGAACUGGUGGUUAAAAGAACAUAAGCCGGUUAUAGGGGCAAAUGGGGAAGUUUUCUACGAUGGCGAGAACUGUAAGAGUCGAUGCUUCACUGACAAGGAACCUCAAAUAGAGAUGGACGAGGGUGUACUGGAUGAUCCGGAGGCCCAGUUCAUCGGUAGCAUCUGUCUAUUGGAAGAUGAAUCGGUUAACCUCCGCGAAACUCUUCCCUCUUGGCUCCAUAAGUUCCUUAAAGUCUUCCUACCGUCGGAAGCAGAUAAACUACCACCACAUCAAUCUUACGACCAUGCGAUAGACCUCGAACCAGAGAAGCAACCACCAUGGGGACCCGUUUACUCCCUAUCCGAAGUCGAGCUGAAGGUGCUUCGGGAAUACCUGGACAAAAUGUUGCGAUUCGGAAAGAUUAGGCCGAGCAAAUCACCGGCAGGAGCCCCAAUCCUAUUUGUGAAGAAGAAGGAUGGUAGUCUGCGACUUUGCGUGGACUACCGUGGACUUAACCGUGUGUCCAUUAAGAACAGGUAUCCCUUACCGCUUAUGGACGAGCUGCGAGUCCGAGUGGCAGGCGCGGUUAUCUUCUCGAAGAUUGACCUGAAGGAAGGUUACAACCUCAUCAGGAUCAAAGACGGCGACGAGUGGAAGACAGCCUUCCGUACGCGGUACGGGCAUUUUGAGUACCUCGUUAUGCCUUUUGGGCUGGCAAAUGCGCCGGCGACCUUCCAGAACAUGAUGAAUGAUGCGCUGAGGGAAUUCCUGGAUCAAGGUGUAGUAGUAUACCUUGAUGAUAUCCUAAUAUAUAGCAAGUCUCGAGAGGAGCACAGAGAGCUGGUCGGCAAAGUACUUAGCAGGCUACAAGAAUACAACCUGGUCGCCAACCCGAAGAAAUCGUUCUGCGAGCUCACUGAAAUUGAGUUCCUCGGAUACAUCCUUGCCCCAGCAGGCGUCACCAUGGCACUGGAUAAGGUCAUGUCUGUUACGAAUUGGCAAGCCCCGCGCAGCGUCAAGGAAGUACAGAUCUUUAUGGGCUUUGCCAAUUUCUACAGAAGGUUUAUCCACAAUUUCUCCGGGGUCUGCAAACCCAUUACCGAUUGUCUCAGGGGUGAUGCUAAGAACUUUGUCUGGUCUAUGACGGCCCAAGCAGCCUUUGAAAAACGCAAAACCCUAUUUACGUCUGCGCCGAUCUUGGUACACUUCUCUCCAGAUCGCCAGACUAUCGUGGAAACGGACGCAAGUGAUUUUGCUAUCGCCGCAAUUCUAUCCCAGGUUAUUGACGGAAAGACUCACCCUGUUGCCUUUUAUUCUCGAAAGCUUAACCCAGCGGAACUCGACUACGACGUCUGGGAUAAGGAGAUGCUGGGAAUUGUGUCAGCCUUCAAGCAAUGGCGUCACUACCUCGAAGGACCUAGCCGAACGGUCCUCGCAAGGUGGGCUGAGUCUUUGGCGGAAUUUGACUUCAAGAUUAUUUACCGCCCGGGAACCAAAAAUGGGAAGGCAGAUGCACUAUCGCGACGGCCGGAGUACCGUCCUGAAGGGGGAGGCACGCUUGGGAAACAGCCGAUAGACAGGUUCUUUAAGUCCGGACAGUUGGCGGAGGAAGAGUUUGUGGUAUCAGCGGUGUCGCUUGCCUCCAAGGGGGUGAUUGACUGGUCUAAGAAUUUUCUGGAUCAUGUCAGGCAGGCGGCAUCGGGAGACCCGACAUGGGUAGGAUUGAAAGAGAGAGUUGAGCAAGGGGAGAAGCUGGGGAAAUUGAAGGAUAUCGCUGAGAAAGACGGGCUACUUUUCUAUAAGAACCGACUCUACAUUCCGGCCGACUACCGCAUCAAGAUUCGGAUAGCACAGGCAGAACACGAUUCAAAAGUGGCAGGACACUUUGGACAAGACAAAACGUUGGAACUCAUCACGCGCAACUUCUAUUGGCCAAAAAUGAACGAGUGGAUUGAUGAUUACGUUCGGUCAUGUGACGAGUGCCAACGCAACAAACCCAGCCACCAUAAGAAAUACGGUGCGCUUCUACCAUUGUCCACACCACACUCCGUCUGGCAAUCGAUAUCUAUGGACUUCAUCGUGCAGUUACCGGAAUCAAAAGGAUACAAUCAAAUCUGGGUAGUAGUCGAUAGGUUCUCGAAGAUGUCGCACUUCAUCCCCCUAGUAGCAGAAACGACCGCGCAAGAUUUAGCGAAAAUAUUCCUCGGUCAAAUCUGGCGACUCCAUGGGCUGCCUCUUAAUAUAGUUUCCGACAGGGACGCCAAAUUUACUUCAAGCUUUUGGGCAUCCCUUGUGGAAUUACUGGACGUGAGGAUAAGAAUGAGUACGGCGUUCCAACCUCAGACCGAUGGGCAGACAGAGCGGGUCAACCAAACCCUCGAGCACUACCUACGAGCGUUCUGCAACUACGAACAAGAUGAUUGGGCAGAGCUACUCCCGUUGGCGGAGUAUGCUUACAACAACUCGGUUAACACCGCCACGGGCCAAUCUCCGUUCUAUACCAAUUACGGUUACAACCCAAGAACCAACUGGCCGAUGGAAGCCGAAGUGGUCAACCCAACCAGUGACCUGUACGCUCACUUCAUCCGAGGAGUUCACGAUUCUGCUCUCGCUCGCUUAACAGACACAAGGGAGAAGAUGGGGAAAUAUUAUGAUCGGAAAAGGGACGAAUCGCCUAACUUCAAGGUGGGAGACAUGGUUAUGCUUAAUGCAGCCAACAUCAAGACAAGUCGCUCGACCAAGAAACUCGAUCAUAAGAAACUCGGUCCGUUUAAGAUUAUCCGACUAGCCGGGAAACGAGCCUGCGAACUGGAACUGCCACCACAAGUCAAAAUCCAUAAUGUUUUCCACAUUGAACUCUUGGAACGUUACCGACAGAGCAGUAUCCCAGGCCGCGAACAACGUUCCCCGACCCCCGAAGAUGUCGAUAAGCAAGGAGAGGUUCUGUAUGGAGUGGAAAGUAUUGUGGGAAGUAGGAAGAGUAGGAGAGGAUUGGUGGAAUAUCUGGUGAAAUGGCGGGGCUGUGAGGGAUGCGUAGAAGUCUCCAAGGUCUCUUCAGUCAACGUAGAGUAUGAAUCCCCUUGA